AAAACCACCGCGCAUGCGCCCUCCCCUCACUUAUUCCUCCGCUACAAUGUGCAUGUACUGACGAAAUCAAUCGGAAAUAUUUUUACUUUGUGGUAAAGGAUCAGUGAAAUUGUGCUACCAUGACUCCAACGAUUCCCGAUCUCUCAGCAGGAACCGAAUGUAGAUGCCCACUGGAAAUGGAACUUCAAAUGGUGCUGCAGGAAAGGAUAAUGAUCCUAGAUGGCGGCAUGGGAACAAUGAUUCAACAGCUGAAUCUGAAGGAAGAAGAUUUCCAGGGGAUGGAAUUCAAAGACCAUCCUUGCUCUCUGAAAGGAAACAACGAUAUGCUAAGCAUCACAAAGCCAGAUGCUAUCUACCAAAUACACAAGGAGUAUCUUCUAGCCGGUGCAGACAUCAUAGAGACCAACACAUUCAGCAGCACCAGCAUCGCCCAGGCAGACUACCAACUCAGUCAUUUGGCAUACCGCCUCAACAAGUCAUCUGCCGAACUUGCAAAACGAGCAGCCAGUGAUGUCACCAAGCAAACGGGAAGAAAGCGUUAUGUGGCCGGAGCCGUCGGUCCAACCAAUAAAACCCUCUCUGUGUCGCCGUCGGUAGAAAGACCUGACCUCAGAAAUACUACUUUCGAUGAACUGGUAGAAUCCUACUCGGAGCAGGUCAGGGGUCUGUUGGAUGGAGGGGUUGACAUCCUGCUGGUGGAAACCAUCUUCGACACAGCUAAUGCCAAGGCGGCUUUGUUUGCCAUCGACCUACUCUGUGGAAAGAGCUACGCACCAACACCACUUUUUAUUUCAGGGACGGUUGUGGACAGGAGUGGGCGGACAUUGUCGGGUCAGACGGGUGAGGCCUUUGUGGUCAGCGUGUCACACACCAAACCACUCUGUAUUGGUCUUAAUUGUGCGUUGGGGGCAACAGAGAUGCGGCCUUUCAUCGAGGCCAUUGGGAAAAGCACCACUGCCUUCAUAAUCACCUACCCAAACGCAGGCCUUCCCAAUACCUUCGGGGGCUAUGAUGAGACCCCUGAAGUCACCGCCUCACAUUUAAAGGACUUUGCCGUCUCUGGCCUGGUGAACAUCGUUGGAGGCUGUUGUGGAACAACCCCAGAACACAUCAGGGCCAUAGCUAAGGCUGUGGAGCACUGCAAGCCCAGACAGCCACCUCAUAACGUACCUGAAGACUACCUGCUGCUCGCAGGACUGGAGCCUUUCAAGAUCGGCCCCUAUACCAACUUCGUCAACAUUGGUGAGCGCUGCAAUGUGGCCGGCUCACGGAAGUUCUCCAAGCUCAUCAUGGCAGGAAACUACGAGGAAGCGGUGAACAUUGCCAAGGCCCAGGUGGAAAUGGGAGCACAGAUUCUUGACAUCAACAUGGAUGAAGGAAUGCUAGAUGGUCCCAAAGCCAUGGCUCGCUUCUGCAAUCUGAUCGCCUCUGAACCGGACAUAGCACGAGUUCCACUCUGCAUCGACUCGUCCAACUUCUCCGUGAUCGAGGCGGGGUUGAAGUGCUGCCAGGGGAAGUGCAUCGUGAACAGCAUCAGUCUGAAGGAGGGCGAGGAGGAGUUCCUGAGCAGGGCGGCCACGGUGAAGCGCUACGGGGCGGCCGUCGUGGUCAUGGCAUUCGACGAAGAGGGCCAGGCCACAGACACGGAGCGUAAGAUCCAGAUCUGCACUCGAGCAUACAACCUUCUGGUCCACAAGGUUGGGUUCGACCCCAGUGACAUCAUCUUCGAUCCCAACAUCCUCACCAUCGGCACAGGAAUGGAAGAACACAACACCUUUGCCAUCGACUUCAUCAGGGCCACCAGAGCCAUUAAGGAGACCUUGCCAGGAGCCAGGGUGAGCGGGGGUCUGUCUAAUCUUUCCUUCUCGUUCCGGGGUAUGGAGGCUAUCAGGGAGGCCAUGCAUGGAGUCUUCUUGUACCACGCCAUCAAGGACGGGAUGGACAUGGGCAUCGUCAACGCCGGGAACCUGCCUGUGUACGACGACAUCGACAAGGAGCUGCUGUUGCUCUGCGAGAGCCUCAUCUGGAACAAAGACGCAGACGCCACCGAUAAACUACUGGCAUACGCACAGAACUAUACAGCGGGAGAGAAGAAAGUCAUUGCGACUGAUGAGUGGAGAGACAGGACGGUGGAGGAGAGGCUGGGGUACGCGCUGGUUAAGGGCAUAGAGAAGUAUGUGGUGGAGGACACAGAGAAGUGCUUGGCCCAAGUGCUCCGGUACACACGUCCGCUUCACGUCAUUGAGGGGCCGUUGAUGGAUGGCAUGAAGGUCGUGGGGGACCUGUUCGGCAGUGGGAAGAUGUUCCUCCCACAGGUGAUUAAGUCAGCUCGUGUGAUGAAGAAGGCUGUGAGCUACCUCAUCCCCUUGAUGGAGAAGGAACGCCAAGAGAAGAUGGCGUCUUCAGGGACAAUGGAGGAGACGGAUCCAUACCAGGGCACUAUCGUCAUCGCAACCGUGAAGGGUGAUGUCCACGACAUCGGCAAGAACAUUGUAGGGGUGGUGCUGGGAUGCAACAACUUCAGAGUGAUCGAUCUGGGCGUGAUGGUUUCCUGCGAUAAGAUUCUCAGAGAGGCCAUUGAGCGUAAAGCAGAUUUCGUUGGUCUCUCGGGGCUCAUCACCCCGUCUCUGGACGAGAUGAUCCAUGUGGCCAAGGAGAUGGAGAGGCUGGGGCUGAAGAUACCGCUGCUCAUCGGAGGAGCCACCACCUCAAAAAUUCACACAGCGGUGAAGAUCGCACCGCGCUACAAGUCUCCGGUGGUCCACGUCUUGGAUGCCUCUAGAAGUGUUGUAGUGUGCUCCCAGCUCCUUGAAGACGCGGCACGGGAGGAGUUCUUUGAGGAGCUUACAGAGGAGUACGAGGAGCUCAGACAUGAGCACUAUGAUUCGUUGAAGGAGCGGCGCUACCUCUCCCUGUCCCAGGCCAGAGACCAGGGCCUCCACAUCGACUGGUCCGCACAACCACAAGCAGUGCGGCCUCAGUUUUUGGGAACCCGUGUGUUUGACUCCUACAACCUGCGCAACCUCAUUGACUUCAUCGACUGGAAACCCUUCUUCGACGUCUGGCAGCUCAGGGGCAAGUACCCCAACAGAGGGUACCCCAAAAUAUUCAAGGACAAGACCGUAGGCGCAGAGGCCAGGCGGGUGUUUGACGAAGCCCAGGGGCUCCUCAACCGUCUGAUUGACAGCCGAGGACUCUGUGGUAAGGGUCUGGUGGGCUUCUGGCCAGCUCAAAGCGUCGGGGAUGACAUCCAUGUCUACUCAGAAGACGCCACGCCACAAUGCAACACAGAGCCCAUCGCAAAGUUCCACGGAUUACGACAGCAGGCAGAGAAAGACAGCGCUAGCUCAGAGCCCUACCUCUGCAUCUCGGACUUCGUGGCUCCCAGAGAAAGCAGGUUGGCCGACUACAUUGGGCUCUUCGCUGUGGGCGUGUUCGGAGCUGAGGAGCUGAGCAAGCAGUUUGUGGAACAAGGAGAUGACUACAGCAGCAUAAUGGUCAAAGCACUGGCUGAUCGGCUGGCUGAGGCGUUUGCAGAGGAGCUCCAUGCCCGCGUCCGCAAAGACAUGUGGCGCUACAGCCCAGAGGAGGAGCUGCUCAGCACGGCGGACCUCCACCGGGUCCGCUACCAGGGAAUCAGGCCCGCCGCCGGCUACCCCAGCCAGCCCGACCACUCUGAGAAGAAGACCAUGUGGAGCCUGGCAAACAUCCAGGAACAGACUGGAAUUGACCUGACUGAGUCUCUGGCCAUGACGCCAGCGGCCUCCGUCUCCGGCCUCUACUUCUGGAACCCUCAGUCCCAGUACUUUGCCGUUGGGAAAGUCACCAGGGAACAGGUGGAGCAUUAUGCUGAGAGGAAGAGUAUGGGCGUGGCCGAGGUGGAGCGGUGGCUGGGGCCCAUCCUGGGCUACGAGACGGACCAGUAGAGUGGAGAUCUGAUCCCAGAACCAGUUUUGGUAUUACAUUCUACUGAGAUUGUGAAUGGUACAAGUUAGGGUUGUUUGUUUGGCCGGUGCUUUCCAUGAAUAUGAACUCGGUACAUCAAAGUUUUUUGUUUUCGUCUUUUUCUAUGUAUUGUAGAUUAAAGAGCCAGUGAACAGUUUUUUAUUUUGUUGAUUUAACACAGUAUUAUUUCUUAUAUGAUCGGUUUCUGUCACGGUUACUAAAACGUAUAAUCCUAUGUUUUUGCCUCCCCAAAACACUGAGCGUUCCAUUCUGAAUCGAGCGCUCCUCCACUCUGAAUCGAGCGCUCCUCCACUCUGAAUCGAGCGCUCCUCCACUCUGAAUCGAGCGCUCCUCCACUCUGAAUCGAGCGCUCCUCCACUCUGAAUCGAGCGCUCCUCCACUCUGAUUCGAGCGCUCCUCCACUCUGAAUUGAGUGCUCCUCCACUCCGAAUCGAGCGCAGGUAUGAACCAGCGUCAGGUUCUUUUCAUGAUGAGGAGCCUGAAAGUAAACUCAUGGACGUCCCGAUGAAGGGGCGAUGGCAGCGAGGUGUUUGUGGAGCUCUGCCUGGCUGUGGUGGACGAGAGAGGCCUUCUCAGACACCUGUAGUAUAACAAUACGCUGUGUGGAAAUGUGGAGCUCCGUCUGAGCACCGGUUUAUUCUUUUGCCUGAGUGAGGGUUAAGCUACUCAUUAGAACGUUACAUUGCAUGGCGCAUUACAUUUUUAUUUAACCUUUAUGUAUCCCAUUGAGACCUUUAGCCUAUUUUUUAAGGGAGCCCUGAGUUCAUAUUCAACCUUGCUCACUAUAUCACUCCUCAGUAGCAGCGCCAAACAAUAACAAAUUAUACUACCAGAGAAAAACGAGAUAGAAUGAUCCCCGGGCUAAUAUGCUGCAUAAUUAAAAUGCACGAUACUAAAUGUUGCGUUUGACAACGAUGCAAGCACAAUUCAUGAAAAUAAAACGCAGCGAAGUGGGCAAUCACUGAAUUGAUGUCCAGCGCUUUGGUCCGUCUGAAGUUUCCAAAUGCUCUCUGGAUCCUGUUUGACUGUUCACCACGACCUCCUGCAGAUGACCAGGUUGUGCCUUUCUCCUCACAUGUGCUCCUCUGCAUUUCAAAGCCCAUGGAAGCACACUGGUGGUCACUGGCACACAACCAGAUUGCAUUCCAUGUUUCAACGUUGCGUCUAUCGUUGAUGGUAUCAACGACUGAAAAGACCAGAUCACUCGCAGAUACCAGCUCAAGACUUGUGGCCUGUAGAUCAGUGGUUUUCAAACUGUGGGGCGCCAGAGUACUUCAGGGGGGGCGCGACGUGAGAAAAAAUAAACCCGAAAAAACCCCUGAAAGUCGAUGAUUCAAAUCAUCAGUCGUACUUAAACUGUAGAAGUAACAUAACUAAAUCAAUUUUCAAAUGUUUCAAAAAUAUGUUUCAAAUGUUUUAAAAUUAUGAUCAGAGAUGUUUUAAAUGUGUAAAAUAAUUAAAAUAGCUUUCAAAACACAGGUAUUUAGAACUUUUUUUUGGGGGGGGGGGUGUCUGAUAAUCCUUUCAGUUCCUCCACACGUCUGGUGGACUCUAGUUCUUGCUGCUUCUCGAUAAACAGAACGACAGACCCAGCAAAAAAGGUUGUAAAGCAUCUGUACUGGGCAUAGUAAUGGAUGUCAAUUGCAUGUGGCAAAAUGUUACUUCAGACCGUUGACCGUCAUCUUGCAACUGGGCAACACAUGCGUUUUGGUCGACGUUACAUUUAGCCGACAUCUGUUCUACUGGCUCGAGCAGAGACUUUCCAUCUAAGCCCUCUGCCGGAAUAAAGUUCAAGAAUUCUUCAUGAGUGUUUUUGUUAUGUAAUGCACAACUACAUAUCUGCUACAUAUCUGGUACUGAAGAAGUAUCACAAAGAUACCAUGGGUCGUACCUCGCGUCGAAUUUCAGCUGAAAAAGUGGGUUCACUGGCUCUUUAACAUUUUAGUUUGAGUUAAAUGUUACCAUGGUUAUUACAGGGUUAUAGCAGUUAUACAGAUUAUAUUGAGAGAAUUGGUUAAAAGAUCCUAGAAGUCUUGUAACAGUCUUCAUAAUGUCAUAUUCAUAGUUUUAGUGAUUCAACACUUUAAUGAUGGAUCUCGUAUAUCCAUGGGGGUCUACUGAUGCCUGUGGUCUUCACACUUUAAACAGAAACAUGUUCUGUACAUACCCCCCAGUGGGUGUUUACAUCGAAAGUUUAGAGUUAGGGUUAUACAUUAAUAAAUGGGCUUUUACGGAUGUGUACUUUUUAAGAUGAGCUCCCUCAUCCCUCAAUUAAUAAAUAAACUUAUAACAAUUUUGUUUCUCUGUU